AAAUAAAUAUUGAUGAAUUAAAAGUAAAUAAACAUAAACAAACAUCUGUUAUUUACGUUCAGAGUGUUCAUUGAUUUUGUUAAUAAGAGUUCAACGCGAAUUUAGGUAUAGAAAAGGAAUUAUUUGAAGGGUUUAAAUUAUUAUAGCAUUAUAUAGUUAUGCGAGUGUUAUUUAAUAAGUUUUCAUACGGAAUGGUUUAAUUGGUGAUAUGUACUUCAAACGUUCCAAAAUGUAGGUAGUAAAAACUUUGAAUAUAAAAAAGCGAUAAAAAAAGACAAAAAAAUGUUGUUGACAUAACUAUAUAAAAUUAAUAUCAGUGUUGGCUUAAAAAGUAACUGUUUUUAUUUAUAUAAAUCAUAAACGAGAGGAUUAGUUAUUGCAGUAAAUCAGCCGAUAAAAACAUAUUGAACUUGCCAGUCUUCGAAAAAAUGGGGAUGUGUGGAAAUGCGUCAUUUUGGGCCAUUACUGCCUUGGUGGUGGUUAUAAUAGCAAUGGUACUGGAUAUCGUUGGUUUUGCCACAAUAUCAUGGAUGGUCUAUCAAAUAACUACAAACAGUAUUCGAGUCGGACUGUGGAAAAUGAAAUCCUGUGUGGCUGACGCAUGCACGGAAGGAAGUGUGAGUUCAAGUCUCAAAAAUGGCAAUUUCACAGCAACACAAGGAUUUGAGAUCAUGACAUUUAUACUUCUUUUGCUUGCACCUAUAGCCAUAGGUGUUUAUGUGUUCGUGCGGUCUAUAAGAGGGACGUGUUUGGCAUAUACUGCAAUGGUUUUAUGUUUCUCUGCAGCAUUUUUCGGUUUUGUGGGUAUGGUAUGCUGGCUGGCUUACGUACCGGAUCCGUAUGUUGUCUCAUACUCUUUUGGACUUACGGUGCUGGCGUCUAUACUCGCCUGUAUCGCUGGGCUACUGCUCAUACCGGAUGUCCUAGAUGACGGUAGACAGGUCACGCCUAACAGACGUUUCUGAUAAUGUCAUGCAACACUAGUGGCAGACGUUACACUCAAAACUUUGUUAAGUUCCAAAAGUCACAAAUCUAAUGCAUUUUCAUUUACUAUAUAAAGAUAUUUAUUUAAAAUGUGCUGGUCAUCAAAUUAAGAUUGAUUGUUCUUUUCACGCUAAAGAACGACACACAUCACAAAGCUACACAAUUCACGAUAUUGAAAGUUUCAAUUAGGACACAGUACGACAUGACACUCGCAACAGUCGUGUUUUGUGUAGCGUCGUUAUAUGCCAUUUUUCUUGUUUGAGGGAUGUUCGGAAACAAAUGCAACCAACAGGAUUUCUGUGAAAUGUGCAGGCUCGUUUGUGCUGCUAUGCGCUUUGUCGUAUGUACCUGGUAUAUUGUGGUGGUGAUUUUUUUCGUAUAAAUGCUCUCAACUAAUAUAACAACGAACUUGUGUCCUAGUGGAUCUCGCGUAUUUAUAAUGUAAGAUGAAACAAUUUCAAUACAGUGUAUCUGGUGUCACUAACAUCAUUAAAUCCUGAAUAAUUCAGUAAACCUAAGAAUUUGACCUCAGAAAUCUCUAUAGCAACCAUCGACGAACAGGCUGUUGAAAGUAUUCACAUCAUAUAUUGCAAAAUGCAUAUUGUCCAUUUGUGGAAACAUUUAAAUGUAUCAUUAUAUAAGGAGUUAAUAUCUAUCUCGGACGCCAUCUCGUAUAAAUAUUUUAACAGGAAAAAUACAUACUAUUGAACCCGUUUUAAAGACUGUAUCCGGAAUAAAAUCAAAGCUGUACAAGUUAAAUUGACAGUAACCUUGUUAUCAAACGUGGAAUUUGACUUGCCUUAACACAUGUUACAUUAAAUUACCAUCUCUAAUAUUUUUGUUUAACAAUUGUGUACAUUGUAUUUAAUGUCAGCUCUAUGGUUUAAUUUUUAUGUGAAGACUGACUGAAGACAAUAUGUCAAAAGUCAUUUGUCUUCGACAUCUUAUUCAUAAACGGAGUGUCAUUUGUUGGCGUUUAUUCUGUGUACAGAAAGUCAGAAUUUUAUACUUAUCGCGAUUGUCACAUUUUAUGUCAUAAUGCCACAUGCAGGAUUGUAUAGACUAGCUCCUAGACUAUGAUAUAUCUUUUUACAUUUUUAUGAUUGAAUGUAGUGAACUGAGCCAGGCUAUAUCCUAUAUGCAAUAUCAUAAUUUUAACAUCAUUCCUCUGUGAAUUUUUUUAAAAUAGACUGGCUUUUGUCCCUACGAAAUGGAAUUAGACAAAAAAGGGGAAAAAUGUAGAAAUAUAUUAUUAUUAGUCUAGUGACUAGUCUAAGGAUUGUGUUGUAGGCGUGUCCCGCACUAAGUAUCAACAGAGACCCACACACAUAAUACCUGCUUAAAUGUACCUGCUGGAUACUGCUGUAAGCGAUUCAAGCACCAAGUACCAGCAGGCCACUGAUCUAGGCGAUUCACACACCUAGACGCGAAAGGACACUCUUCUUGGCUCUGCAUGAACCGUGUACCCGCAGGACAUUAUUCUGUGUAAUUCAUUCCAGUGGGACACUACUCUUGGUGUUUAAAGUAUCCUCAGUACAAUGGGCGCUUCACGUGCCAAGUACCAGCAAGACACUACUCUAGGCACUUCACGAGCUGGCUAAACGGAAGUAAUACCUAAGAAACAGAAAUAUGCAAUUGUAUCAGACUUGGGCAUAUACUAAACAAUUUAGUUGGGAGUUAUUGUAAUGUUUCCAUAGUCUUUUUCGAAAUAUAAUGACUAUGUGUCGGUGGAAGAAAAA